CAACCGGGCCCGCGCCACCAACCUCAGCACAAGGACAGCGUAUCACACAACAGGAUUUAACAGUUGCGCCUCCGACUGGAGUGGGACAAAAACCUCAUAGAGUCAGAGAUGGCAGAACGUGCGGAUUGGGCGUCAGAUCAAUGUUCUAAUUCCCUCAUCGGCUCUCAUAUUGCAGAUUGUCUGGGGCCAUGCCCUUCUAGAGCCUUUGGGAACCUGGCACAACAAGGACACAACUCCACCAUGUCCGCAACUAUUCAGAGAGAGACUAGCUCGGAGAACUCUGCUGAAGCCAAGAAAACAGAGCUCAGAGUAAAUGAGAAGAAAUGCUUAUGUAUGUAUGUCUGUCUGUCUUUCUGUUCAGCAUGGGCAUCCUACAUGACAAACUCUCCCACAGUGAUUGUAAUGAUCGGCCUACCUGCUAGGGGAAAGACCUACAUGUCUAAGAAACUGACACGAUACCUCAACUGGAUAGGGGUGCCAACCAAAGUGUUUAACUUGGGUGUUUACCGCCGAGAGGCUGUCAAAGCUUACAAGUCCUACGACUUCUUCAGACACGACAACAAGGAAGCCAUGGAAAUAAGGAAACAGUGUGCUCUGGUAGCCCUGGAGGAUGUGAAAGGAUAUCUAACUGAAGAAGCAGGACAAAUUGCUGUAUUUGAUGCAACAAACACAACAAGGGAGAGGAGAGACCUCAUUCUUGAUUUUGGGAAAGAGAAUGCAUUCAAGGUGUUCUUUGUGGAGUCUGUGUGUGAUGACCCAGAAGUCAUUGCUGCUAAUAUUCUGGAGGUGAAGGUGUCCAGUCCAGACUACCCAGAGAGGCACAGAGAGAGAGUAAUGGAUGACUUUCUCAAACGCAUAGAGUGCUAUAAGGUUACAUACCAACCUUUGGAUCCCGAUGAGUAUGACAAGGACCUAUCCUUUAUCAAGGUGGAGAAUGUGGGCCGGCGCUUCCUGGUGAACCGGGUGCAAGACUACAUCCAGAGUAGGAUAGUGUACUACCUCAUGAACAUUCAAGUGCACUCUCACUCGCUCUACCUGUGCCGGCAUGGAGAGAGCAAUCAUAACACGGAGGGCCGUAUUGGAGGCGACUCGGAGCUCUCCCCAGGGGGAAAACGGUUUGCCCAUGCCUUGCGCGGCUUCAUCGAGGAGCACAAACUGUCGGACCUGAAGGUGUGGACAAGCCAGCUGAGACGUACCAUCCAGACUGCUGAGGAGCUGAUUGUGCCCUACGAACAGUGGAAGAUCCUCAACGAGAUAGAUGCUGGAGUUUGUGAGGAGAUGACGUAUGAUAUGAUCCAGAACUCCUUUCCAGAAGAGUUUGCCCUGAGGGACCAAGACAAGUACCACUACCGCUACCUAGGAGGAGAGUCCUACCAGGACCUAGUGCAGAGGUUAGAGCCUGUCAUCAUGGAGCUAGAGAGACAAGGCAAUGUGCUGGUCAUCUGUCACCAGGCUGUCAUGCGCUGCCUGCUAGCCUACUUCCUGGACAAGAGUGCAGAUGACCUACCCUACCUGAAAUGUCCACUGCACACAGUGCUCAAGCUCAGCCCUGUUGCCUAUGGCUGUAAAGUGGAAAUGUUUUACCUUAACGUGGAGGCAGUGAACACACAUCGCGACCGACCACUUGAUAAGGUCUCGAGGGACCCAGCUCCCAUCCGGCGGAAUAGUUACACCCCCCUGUGCAGUCACGACCAGUUCAAGCGACCCAGGCUCUACAGUGCCGGCAACCGUCCCUGGCUCCCCCAACGCCCCACCCCAUCAGCCCUGCAGUUCCCCGAGAUGCCAGAGGGGGUGCUGCAGCAAAGCCAACCUCGGAUAGGAAGCUGUUGUCUGACUCCCUGUGUGAAGGAAUCGACUAUGACAGCCCAGAAGAAACUAGUGGCUGUGUCCGCUUCUGAGUGACUAUGAAGUCACCUUCAAGUUCAGCUGGUGCCUCAGUCUAUCCCUGUGACACUGAAGUUCUGCUCAUCCUAUCCUCCAUGUCCCUAUGGCCUUCCACAUCAUAUAAUAAUUUCCCUGCAUGCCAAAUAUCUGAAACCACUGGUGGCACAACUAUAACACUUAUUUUUAUGUAUGCCAAUAGAGAUCAAACAUGAUGCCUUAUGUGUAUCAGAGACCCUUUAUGUCUUGUUGAAUAUAUGUGGCAGCAUGUUAUGGUAUUAUGACAUCCUUUCCCACUACUGCAGCAUAAAGCAUUUUUGCCAUUUUUUAGCCAUCACAUGACAUGAACACAGAAAAACAUAGUAGGAUAAUUUGAUAUUGUGGUCAUAUAUGGUUUGUGUGGAACCAUUUACAAUAAGAAUAUACGGUAUAUAUUUUAGAUUAGAAGUUAGUCCAGUGAUCUUAAAAGGGAAGUUGUCAUGUAAAUGAAUGUAUUUAUCUGUCAAUUACUUACUGUCUUCAGAUAACAUAAAGGAGUAACAGAAAUAUGUAAACAUGGAAUAAGAAAAGUACUACGGUCCUAAUUAUCAUAGUGUAGCUUCAAUACCUUUCUUAUGAAAUUCUCGCUGAAUUGUCCCUUUGAUUAUAUUCAUGGUUGAGGAAAUGUUUUACACAAUAUUUCUAAGCAACUCAAAGCUUAUUUGGGAACCUUGCCUUUUAACCAAUUAUUACAGACAUGCGACUAUUAAUAAAUGUAGCUUGUUAACCAUUACCACUGAAACCAAAACUGUGCAAAUACCCCAUAUUUUAACAGAUGCUCUGAGAUACUUGAAGGAAAUAUUUGACAUAGUCGUGGUGUGAUAAGAUGUUUUUCUCAUCACAUAUUCUUAAUAGGAUAUUGAUAUGUAGAAUAACAGAAGACUGUACAAUGGCUGUAUAUUAAAUAUUGAGAUGUU